AUGGAUCUCCUACCACCCAACGAGCUUCGUAUAGCAGACGAGGCCGAACAAAUCAAGACUUUAGACCUCCUGUUCGAACCGAGUCCGGCAAUUCACUCAACUCUCAUUCCAGUCCUGAGAGAUUCAGAGUACACAUCUUACCCCGAACUCAUUGACGCCUGCAGAUCCCGUCUUGUCUCGCUCGCAGCCUCCAGCUCUCCAACCAACCCAGAUAAGACUCUUCUCUCCAUCCUCGGAUCUCACCCUCGCUUAGGAGCCAAAAAGGUCGAAUCUGCACAGUCAGCAGCAGAGCAGACCAACUUGCAAGGUCAGGGCGAGGAGUUGAAUAGACUGAAUCAAGAAUAUGAGAAAAAGUUCCCAGGACUGCGUUACGUCGUCUUUGUGAAUGGGCGAGGAAGACCGGAGAUCAUGGAGAACAUGAAGUUCAGAAUCUCAAGAGGUGACUUUUCCAAGGAGACUGAUGAGGCGUUGCAGGCAAUGUGCGAUAUUGCAAAAGAUAGAGCCUCGAAGCUGGAUGCAAAGCUGUAA